AACAAGCUUCUGUAAUCUUGGUGUCUCCUGGUGAUUUCUCAGUGUUAACUGGGGUAACAAGCUGCUACACCAGCAGGAAAUUCCCUAAGGCAAAUUAAAGUAUUCCAGCAGUAGAAAUCUAUUGUCAUCAUAUCGUGCGUGAAUUUAUACUCUUGUGUGGGGGUGGUUUUUGGGGGCCUGCUGUGUUUGCUGAAAAUUCCAGAAUGUAACAUGGAAAGCAUUUUUUGCUGUUUUAUGACUGAGAAAACAAAUUACCCUUUUUGGAAGAUCCUGCAACACUUCGUUGUUCUUUUUAUUUUUAAAGAAAGGUUAAUUAGUUAAGAGUGGUUGAGGUUUUGAUAUAUGUCUGCGGAAGAGUAAAUUCGUUGCAGUCUGUAAUAAGUUGGGGGGGGGAACCCAGUUUCUUCAGUCCACUUUAGGUUAGUGCAGUUGUGAUGGUCCCCCUGCAGAGUGCAGCAAAGGGUGAUGAGGCUGUAUUGCUGGACUGUGCAGAGAGAUGUGCCUGAAGGCAGCUGUCCAGCAGAAACCACGACCAGUGCCACUAGACACUUUAACACUCGUUGUCGGUAAAUGCACUUUUAUACUUACAAAAACCUCUCUUUGUGCUCCGAGGCUACGGCUGCUGGUUCUGCUUGCCAGUGACAGGGCAGAGGAGGAGAUGUUGUGCCUUUGCCUUGUCCGUAUUGCUCCAGCCCCUGCUUUUGUAGUUUACUCCUCAAAGCACUCUGAACACGGACCACCCUGCAGCCCUGCACCAGAAGCAUGAGGGAGCUUAGCGCUGGCAAUGCGUGGAUCACAUUUGUGGAAUAAAAAUAGCGUAUGAAUAACGUCAGCACAAGUGUUAAGACCAUCAAGUUCAGGCAGAGCAUGGAGAAGACUGGGGGGGUCUGUGCACGUGGUGCUAUAAAGAGCAGACAAAGGUCACUCAACCUUCCAUGUUGUGCUGUGAGGCAUGGGGAGAAAUCGCUCUGAACCCCCCCCUGGCACUGCGAGGCCUGGUGAAAUCGAGGUAACCUGAGGACAGGGGUGAAAGCUGAAACUGGUGCUGUUGUCAUCAUUGCGCUCAUGACACAUUAACAAUAACAGGCUGGUGUAUCUCGGGAAGCGGGGCAGAAUUAAAAAUAGAUGCCAUUUGCUCCUAGUAUCUAUUUGUUCCCGAAAGCACGUGGUGUUCCGGCAGCGGAGUCUAGAGAAAAGCAGCUCGUGCCAGUGCAGCGCAGCAGACCUGUCCAGACUGUGACGAGCAACAUGCCCUACAGUUUCUGCUGCAACAAGGUGCCGGGCGCUUCAGGGCAGUUCUCUCAACGCCUCCUUUUUUUAUAAUGGACCGGCAAGGUGAAUGUCGGGCUCCAGAGUGAAAACUGCAGAAAAGUGGUGUGGCCUGGCUGUGGUACAAGACUUCUUAGAUGGGCAGGAAAAACUCAGACGAGUUGCAGGCUACAGGUGUCCAAAGAACCUUGCGACCAUCUGCAAGAAGCCUUUGGAUUUCUGAAUGGUUUGAGAAGGGAGAGAGAUGAUGAUCCUGCUGGUCAGUGAGCCAAAAGAGGAUGCUAUGGAGAACGAGGGGCCACCACGAGGAGUCUGCAAGGAGAUGGACAGACAGGGGGAUGAUGGGAUGAAUGGACAGGAGGCUCACCCCAGUGGUGCUCUGAGCCCCGAGACAGACGACUUUCCCAGCCCCAAGACCACCAAUCCCCCCACUGUGAAACGCUCUCAGCCACUCGGAAUAAGUAACGGCAGAUCCAAAGGGGAGGAGUCAAAGACCAUAUCAUUGCCUUCAAUACCCAAUCCCUUCCCAGAACUCUGUAGUCCCUCCAACUCCCCAAUCCUGAUUGGCACACCACUGGGAAAGGGCACGCCUCCUUCGGGCAACACACAUGUGGUGAAGGUGUUCGGCGAGGACGGGAGGAGCCGGUCUCUCUGGGUUCCCGCGGCGACCACGGCUCGGGACGUCUGCAGCCUGCUUGUCCAGAGGGCUCACUGCACUGACCAGGAGAGCUGGGCCCUCAUAGAGCUGCACCCUUCCCUGGGGCUGGAGCGCUGUCUGGAGGACCAUGAAACAGUGGUGGAAGUGCAGGCCACCUGGCCUCUGGAGGGCGAUAGCAAGCUGCUCUUCCGGAAGAACUACGCCAAGUAUGAGUUCUUCAAGAAGCCCAUGCUCUUCUUCCCAGAGAACAUGAUUUCUGACUGCACAGAUGUGAACAAGGGCAUGACCUCGUCAGAGCUCAUCCAGAACCUGCUGAACUCGGGUAGCUGUCCAGAGAUCCAGGGUCCUCUGCAGGUCAGGGAGCCCGGGCGCAAGGCCUGGAAGAGAGUCUACUUCUUCCUGCGGAAGUCUGGCCUCUACUGUUCCACAAAGGGUUCCUCCAAGGAGCCGCGGCACCUGCAGUACGUGGCUGAUCUUGAAGAGCUCAACAUCUAUGGUGUCACUCACGGCCGGAAGCUGUACAGCGCCCCCACCGACUUCACUUUCUGCGUUAAGCCCUGCCGGAACCGCGCCCGCUCUCGGGAUAUGAAGCUGCUGUGUGCAGAGAGUGAGCAGAUGCGCACCUGCUGGACCACCGCCUUCAGGCUGUUUAAGUACGGCAAGCAGCUCCACUGUAACUACCAGCGGUCUCUGUCCACGUGCAACCAGGAGAACACUCUGCGUCAGAGUGCCAAGCGGUGUGUGUCGGAGGCCUCUCUGGUUGCCAUGGAUUUCUCGGGGAAGGCGGGGGGGCGCGUCAUCGAGAAUCCCAGGGAAGCGCAGAGCGCCGAGCAGGAGGAGGGACAGGCCUGGAGGAAGACUGCUCUUCGCUGCAGCCUUCCCAACUCCUGCUCGAGCUCCAGAAACACCCUGAUUCACCAGGCUCAGCCUUGGUUCCAUGGCAGGGUGUCGCGGAGAGAGGCUCAGAAGCUGAUCGAGGAGCAGGGCCUGGUGGAUGGGAUGUUUCUGAUCAGGGAUAGCCAACAGCAUGCCGGCUGUUUUGUCCUGUCGUUGUGCUACAAGCUGAAGACCAAGCACUACCUUAUCAUCCCUUGUGAAGAGGAGGGCCGCAGGUACUACACAAUGGACGAUGGGGUGACGCUCUUCAUCGACCUCCUGCAGCUGGUGGAGUUUCACCAGAUCAACCGCGGCAUCCUGCCCGUGUGCCUCAAACACCACUGCACCCGCGUGGCCCUCUGACCCCCCCCACCCCACCCUCCCCCGCGCCAGCACUGCCACAGCCCAGCGCACUGCAGGUACCGCGGCACUGUGGGCAGGGGCUGGGGAGGGCGGCUCUCAGCAGCAGCUGUGACACCUUGCAUGGACAGCUGUAUUAAUGUGGCGUGGGAACGGCUGGAGCUGGAGCUGGAGAGAUCGAUCAUGAGCCAGGUCACCUAGGGUCUUGCAUCUCUCACCUAUUCUGUAGUUACUGUCCUUGGUUGUGCUGUACAGACAAAGCGACCGAUACCUGUGCUACAUGGAUGCAUGACGGAGCUCCCUUAUACUGCUGUUCGAACACGUACAGCUGCCAGAGCCCGUGCUCCCCCUACUCGUUGAAUGCCGGAGAUCGUGCAGAGUCCUCUGGGGAGAGAGCUCGCACCUUGGUCGAGAUGGACUCUAGUGAUCUCUGGGACAUCCCUGUUUUUAGUGUACAGACUUUUUUUUUUUAUACUGCAGCUGACCUGUACAUGGACAUGCAAGACACUCCUUCCUGCAGUGUCAGCUGUGAUCUGUUUGCUCUGAAUCAGGCUGUCAAAUCGGGAUCGAGUGGCUUUGGAUCUCAAGCGCCAGAGGCGCAGCGGUCCUUGUGAGGGGCGGGCUGGACUGGGAGGAGGUAGUUUUACUGGCUACCGAAUGAGAGAGAUCAGAACCCUGGGUCAGUUUUGAUGCGGUAUGCCAUUACACAUGAUCUUAUUUCAGUUAUAGAAAAUGGGCAAGACUUGGAAAAAGAAUCCCAAAUUUUCAAGCAUGGAGUCAUUCCCGAGCAGCUCUGGAGAGCCCGUAAUCCAGAAUCUGAGCUUUCGAAUGGGGAUGCUGGUUGCAUUAAUUCCUUUCCUGUGGUUCACCCCCAUAUAUCUCCCAGACACAUUAACUGCAAUCAAGAAGCCACAUUGGCCUCAAUUAAAAUUCAAUUAGGGCUCAAAUUUAACUCCCUGUGUUGGAGUAUGAAUUUAAUUGAGGGCAAUUCAGCUGAGCGGGCAUCGAGAUCUCGGAUAAUGAGGCAGGGCUGUGAGCAAGACGUGUCCUCCGAAAGCCAUGCGUUACAUCAGCCGCUGAGCCUUCAUUGCUCACACAGUGCCAUCGCCUCAUCCAGGUGGGGGCUACGCACUGGUGGAGGGGGGGGGGUCCCCAUUACCUGUAAAGCGCUUUGAGUGGAGUGUCCUGAAAAUGUCAAGAGUUCAUCAUCUUUAGGAUGGCCAGCUGGUUUACAACUGGGCUCUGUGGCAGCAGCAGCAGCAGCCCCUGUAUUUGCACAGGAGGUGCCAUGCCCAGUGGACAUGCCCAGUGGUCGGGGCCCCUCAUCAGUUUGAGGUGCUGCAGAUGCCGAAUCGGAGGAGUGCCUGGCAAGCGUGCCGGUUUCUCCCGGAGCUGAGGGAUCCUGGCCGUAUAUACCACCUGCUCUUGCUCGGCGGCGCUGUGCCACUGCUUGUGCCACCCCUGUCGCAGCAGGUGGGCAGAGCGACUCGGAAGCUCCAUCCGGCGAUGCAGAGCUGCACUGCAAGGAUGCCGAGCCAGUCGGAAAUGCCUCGGCUGUAAAUAUCUAUAUAUUUUUUUAACUCCUGCGGCAAGGCGCGACGCCAGUGUUUUGAAAGGAAAAGGUGCAAUCCCAUCGGAAGUGCCCCCUUGCUGUGCAGAGCUCCUGCCACACCGCCUGAACAAAGUGUUUCAAUUUGGAGGCUGUCUUUCGCAGCUGGGGCUUCAGCAUCUGAACUAUUCCAUCCGUGAGUCCAUACAGUUUCCUACAGUCUGCGUCUCGUGAUCUAAAGCCCUCAUUCCAAGCCAGAAGGCUACAGACUGGUAUUUAUGGGUGUCUUGGGCCUACAGAGAGUUUUAUCUUGGGAGCAAAGUGUUUCAUACUAUUUUUUUUUCCGUUCCAGCUGGGGGAGAUUUCUCACACCCCCCCGCGUCUGCUGUGCGCAAGCUUUUGAAAAUCCUCGGCUUUCAUCUCCGUCUUGUAAGAAAAGCUACAGCAAGCCCACUGGGUGAUUUUUCACAACCCGUUGCUCCAAAGGUUAAAUUUUGCCCUGAGUUUGGUAAAGCAGUUUCAAGAGGAAGAAGGUGCAGAUCUGAGUGACGGGGGGAAGAGAAACGGAUGGGCUUCUGAUUUGAUCUGGUUUGAAAUUUCCCCCAAGAAGGUGGAGCAAACUUUCAAGUGACGUUAAAAUGCUAUCCCAGUGCGCUGUAGAAGAUAUUUCAUUCAGUACUCAUGUUGGGGGGAAGUUUUUUUUUUAAAGAAAUGAAUGCAAAAUUUAAUAAAAUACGUGAGCUAAGUUGCUUUUAAGAGGGAUUGUUUUGCAUGUUAACUACAGAGACACUGAGAAUCACUGUAAAAGAUUCCUUUUAAAAAUAACUUCCCCCUCACCCACAUGAACAUAAUCUACUGCAAGUAACUUUAAAAAGUGUUGCAGUUAGGAAAGGAAAGGAACUUCCCCAGCACUGUUCUGAACUGUCCCAGAGACUGCAGCACACAUGGGAAUCUGCAUAUGGACACUUCUGCACCUUCCAGUAGCCUUCUGUUCAGUUUUAUUUAUGUAAAGUGUGUCUGUCUGAGCUGAUUGCACAUCAGCGCUGUAGUGCAAUAUAAUUUUCCAUUCUUUCUUUAUUACAAUGGAUGCAAAACAUCCGGAUUCACUGUGAUUUAAACCCGGCAAUGUGGGGGUCCCUGCUGAGUAAGGGGGGGGGGUCUUCAUUGUUUCCUCAAUGACAACUUGAGAAACAGCACCAGGAGAGGGAACACACUUGAGGUUAAUGCCUUGUGUGCAACUGGGUUCCUUCAGUACAUCAGCCCAGUGUUAAGGUUAGGGGGAUAGCUGAGGCUCUAGUCCAAAUCAGGGACUUGGUCUUUGCAUCCAAAAACCAAACUGUCUCAUGGGGUUUCACAUCCCUCCAUUUAGUCAUUUCGAUCUAUAAAAAUGGAUGUGGGCGACCACCUGCUCCGAGACGUUUCUCCACUCAAACUCCGGUGGAGACAGGAGCCCAGAACAGCUACACAACAGCACCAUUUCCAACCCCUGCUUCACCUUCUGCUAAGUGUUUUAAUGUCUUAUUUGUCUUGCCUGGACAUGUGGAUUCUGUUAUUUUUACUAUGGUUCAAUGUUUAUUUUAGAUAAAAUCCAGAUCUUGCAUCCUGUCUGAGAGGGUGCUUCACUUCCCUGUAUAUUCACGUUAAACGGGUAGGAAUCGAGAAACGUGGGGCAAAGCAAUGCUCGUGUUUUUAGUUCUCCGUGACCCAGCGGAGCCGUGUAAGCGUCGUGCGCUUGGCGCGGACACGCCUGGAAAGGGCAGCUGUCCUGUUUUUGGGUGCGAGCUGGGUUUUGAUCGGGUUGAUGGGCUGUCUUUAAGAUGACCACUGGAGGGCGCCGGUGGCCGCGGUUAGACCCCCCUGCGUGCGCCGCUGAUCCGGCUCUGUUGUGGAGAGUUAAAAAAGGCGAUUCGUGCGUUUAUAAUUCCCCACCACCAGCACCACCAACGACUUUAAAGUGAAGGUGGCUUGUGACUUCAGUUUGUACUGAGACCGUGACAGCCCUGGGAAGUUGUCUGGAGGCAUCUGUCUUCCGUUUUUGCGUAUAUUUUAAAUCUUUGCUUAUAGGACUACCUCGGGCAAACUGCUAGUCUUUAAGAAAAGCAACGUUUGGUUUGAGCAUUUCUGCACAGUGUUCGUUGGUAAGGGGGCGGGGGUAGACCUGUUCAAACCCCGAACUAUUGACCUGAGCAGAAGCUGGACCGGUGGUGUUGCAGUGCAUGCCGGAACUUGUAGUCCUUUAAGGGAGACGUGUAGCUGAACACUGAAAAAGGGAUAUUUAUUAAAUACGUGAUCUUUUCUGUACCUCUGACAGCCCCAUUUUAAAUUAUAUGUAGCUCCGGGAAUACGUGUGUAGGACUACUAGUCCUGCUGGGUGUACUGGAAUAUGUCCUCUUGCCAAAUCUGUUGAAUGUUUUUUAUUAUUAUUGUAUAGCUUUCUGAUGAGGCCAGUUUUGUUGUAAUCUCUUACGUUUACAUAAAUCAUACCUAUUUAAAGUCUGUAUUUUGUACAAAAAUCUGUUUGUAAAUCCCAUUUUAAACAGCAUUUUGGAAACCUUCUAAUUUGUCUUUAUAUACAUUUGUUAUUUGAAUAAAGUCUUUUAUUU